CGUCCGACGUGGGCACGAUGACAGGACCCGCAGGAACCACGUUUACGGUGACAGCUGUGCGCAUGGAUGCGACCGGACAAGGUCAGGUCCUACACCUCGGCCGAUUCGGCGACGGUGUAUCGCACAUGUUUACGCAGGGCGAGACUGUCCGACAAGAAGUCGACGCCGAAAAGCGCCUGCUGCAUUCGCGGCUUCACACCGCCGGCCAUGUCCUUGGUGCUGCUGUGAGGCAUCUUCUAGAGAAGGAGGUCAAGGACUUUGAUGAAUUAAAAGCGUCGCAUUUUCCGGGCUCGGCAUCCUGUGAAUUUCAAGGUCUGAUCGAAGGGAAGUGGAAAGAGCCGAUCCAGAAACGGGUAGAUGAAUAUAUCGCCGACAAGCGACCGGUCCAGGUUGAGUGGUGGGAUGAAGCCAUGUUUCGGGAAAAGGGUCUCGAACGAUUGAUUCCCGACCGGAGCCUGAUGCCCGGGGAGAAAUUCCGCGUGGUCAACAUUGUUGGAACCGAGGUUUAUCCCUGUGGAGGAACACAUGUCGAUACUACGGAUCGGUGUGGACCGACUAGCGUUAAGAAGAUCUCGAGAAAGUCGGGGAACUCUCGUGUUAGUUACGUCGUGAAUUGAUUAGGCACAUUUCUCCACAUGAGUUUCAGUUCUAUACACAACCGUACAGAGAGGAACUUGAAUUGCAAUCGAGAUCAAAAUAUCUCCGAUUAUCGCCACAUCCUAGGGUAGGGUGUGAUCACAUGGUUAUAUCUCAAGAAAUAUAUUUUCUGUCGCUUGCACCAACAUCUACCAUUCCAAAUGUCUACUCCGAGAUAACUAAUUCAUCAAGAUCGGGACCUAGUCAAUACCGUUUAGCUGGCUAUUUAUGAACAUACAGGGAGGGACACAACUUACCCCAUCCUUCCUCAUACGCACUGAACGUGAUGGUGUUUGUGUCGCCCUGCUCGAGAGCAGUAUGAAGGGUCGAGGUGAACGGCGUAUUCCCACUCCCAGAAGGCAGAAACGCGAGCACAUGAGAUUGACCAUUGACCGUGACGUUGGCGAAGCGCUGGGAGUUGUUUCCAUUCGCAUACCGGACACGGAUGGUGGUCUCUGUUGACGCCUCGCUAGCUAUGUUGCUAAUUUCCACCGUUCCAUCAUCAGGGCCACCAAUGUAGCCGACAGACUUUCCGCCAGAACAGCCGC